AUGACAGAGGUGGAAGCACAGAUGAAACCCAGGAUUGAUACCAUGGACCAGCAACUCAAGUUUCUGAUGAACAACAUAGCGGGGACACAUCUAUUUUCACAAGGGGUCUUGGCUGGAACUCCUCAAAGUGAUUCACCGCUUUGUGAUCAACCGCAUACUCGUAGCAGUUGUCAUUCAGUUGACACAUAUCCAGUUGCAACAAUUAAGACUCCCAAAAGGUGUUCACUAGCAAUUUGUCUCGAUGGCAAAUCAAUUGUUGUUGCAAAGGGUAUGGCUCACCCAACUACAGACGAGACUUUGGUGAAUCGUCAACCAUUGUUUCAUAACUGUGUCAGAGUUUGGGUGGAUGACGUGAUUGAAGGUCGAGAGCAAUUUAAUCUCCCUAUGCCAGAUCAACAAUAUGUCACUAUAGUAGAUGUCAUUGGUAACUUUGUACAGUGGCCUAUGCAUUUAGUGACUUUAGAUGAGAUUUGCAACAGUAUGCUUAAACGGAAUGCCACCAAUGUUAUAUCAUAUUUCAUCCACGUCAUGGAGCAGAACAAAGAUAAACAAUUUAUUUUAGCACCAUAUCAUCAAGAAUCACAUUGGUUACUUUUGGUUAUUUGCAUGCGCUCAAAAAGCGUAUGUUUCUUGGAUCCCUUGCCUUCUGAUCGCGACAAUGGUGAAAUUAAAGCUUCUAUUAAUUUGGCAUUUCGCUCUGUUCCUACGAAUGGACGAAUUAAGAACAUCGAUUGGAAGCCAUGCAAAUGCCCGAUACAACCUGGAGAUUAUGAGUGUGGAUAUUAUGUCAUGCGAUACAUGUUUGAUAUCGUGACAAAAUAUUCAUCUAUUGAUGAUUUGGAUAAGGCAUUUGAAAGCGAUAGUCCGUACUCCAUCAAUGACAUAAAUGAGAUUCGGGAGCAAUGGGCAAAAUACUUCUUUUCGGAGACUUUAACUGUAACAGUCGCGGAAAACCACUGA